AGUUGAACCCUCCGAUGUCAGAGGCAUUGAAAAGAAUGCACAUGCUUGCUGCAGAUCCUGGAAUUAUUUCUGUCAUGAACAAGCAUCGUUGGCGUGUGGGAAUCAUGACCGAGAUGGCCCCUAUUGGUUAUGUUGGCAUAAGUCCCAAAUGCAUCCUCGGCUUCAAUAAGAACCACGGGGAGGAGAUAUCUCUGCGCCUUCGAACUGAUGACCUUAAGGGUUUCAGGAAAUAUGAAAGUAUCAAGAAAACUCUUUUGCAUGAGCUUGCUCACAUGGUAUAUUCUGAACAUGAUGCGAACUUCUAUGCUCUGGAUAAACAGUUGAACCAAGAAGCUGAAAGUUUAGAUUGGACGAGAUCAAGAAGUCACACACUGAGUGGAGUGCAGUAUUCAGAGCAUUAUGAAGAAAAUUUCUAUGUUGGAGGCAGAAGUAAUUCUUCUCAGAAGCUUGGAGGAAAUAUGUCAGAUCGGCUUCCAAGUGCUCGUACAUCUUCAGUGGCUGCUGCUUAUCAACGUCUAGCAACUGCUUCUCAUGAUAGUGUGUCUGAAGUACAUGAAGAAUCACACCCUGAUGAUUCCAUCCCCCAUAUGCGAAUAGAAUCCAGCCAUAUGGAUUUUGUGGGAAAAGGAAACUUAGAGAUCAGAAGUUCACACAAAAUUCAGUGGAAACCUGAUAUGGAGCCUGAUCCUGAUGACCAGUCUGGUAAUCAGAACAAUUUUGAGCCCAGUCCUGAUGAAUCUUCCUCACAAUCUUUGGGAAGCGGGACCCUUUUUGGACAAGAUUUCAGUGAGUCUAUGAUGUCUCAACCUGUGUCGCAUUCGGUAAGUAACAGGAAGUUGGAAGGGACAGAGUCUCGUGAAGAACCAGAUGCUGAUUACAUGGAAGCUUGCUUGAAGCAUGAUGUUGUAGCUGAACCUGAACCUUUUCACUCUCACGAGAUAGAGAUUUUGGAAAGCAGGAUUCAGCCAAGGAAUAAUGUGGACGAACCUGAUCCUGAUGACUUGGAUGCAAAACCAGAUGAUUUAGGAUGUGGUUCUUAUGGAAAUAUCAUAAGACCUAACCAUGAUGAUUCUUUGGUUAGUGAAACUAUCAAAUAUGAAGCCCAUCCAAGGAAGGUUCAUAAUGAACCUGAUCCUGAUGAUUCUCAAUCAAAUGGAGUCAUUCUGGCAGAGCCUGAUCCUGAUGAUUCUCAAUCAAUUGGAAUCAUUCAGGCAGAGCCUGAUCCUGAUGAUUCUCAAUCAAUUGGAAUCAUUCAGGCAGAGCCUGAUCCUGAUGAUUCUCAAUCAAUUGGAAUCAUUCAGGCAGAGCCUGAUCCUGAUGAUUCUCAAUCAAUUGGAAUCAUUCAGGCAGAGCCUGAUCCUGAUGAUUCUCAAUCAAUUGGAAUCAUUCAGGCAGAGCCUGAUCCUGAUGAUUCUCAAUCAAUUGGAAUCAUUCAGGCAGAGCCUGAUCCUGAUGAUUCUCAAUCAAUUGGAAUCAUUCAGGCAGAGCCUGAUCCUGAUGAUUCUCAAUCAAUUGGAAUCAUUCAGGCAGAGCCUGAUCCUGAUGAUUCUCAAUCAAUUGGAAUCAUUCAGGCAGAGCCUGAUCCUGAUGAUUCUCAAUCAAUUGGAAUCAUUCAGGCAGAGCCUGAUCCUGAUGAUUCUCAAUCAAUUGGAAUCAUUCAGGCAGAGCCUGAUCCUGAUGAUUCUCAAUCAAUUGGAAUCAUUCAGGCAGAGCCUGAUCCUGAUGAUUCUCAAUCAAUUGGAAUCAUUCAGGCAGAGCCUGAUCCUGAUGAUUCUCAAUCAAUUGGAAUCAUUCAGGCAGAGCCUGAUCCUGAUGAUUCUCAACCACUUGGAAUCAUUCCGACAGAGCCUGAUCCUGAUGAUAAUUUGGUGCAUCCACGGGAAAUAUCCAGAAUGCAGAUUGAUGAACCUGAUCCAGAUGAUGAAGAAUUUCAAAGAAUUCAAGACCCUGUGACAAUUUUUUGUAAACGCUUACAGGAGAACAUUGAGUUGCUGCAAGCUGAGGUUAAUCCCACACAGGCUACCACAGUCCUCCAAACUCUCUUUAAGAUAAUUAGGAAUGUGCUCGAACACCCAGGUGAGAUUAAAUACAGAAGACUGCGCAAGGCUAACCCAGCAAUCCAAAGGAAUGUGGCAAACUACAAAGCUGCAAUGGCUAUCCUUUUCCUGCUUGGCUUCAAUGAAAAUGUUGUGGAUGAAAUUGGAAGACCAGAAACUUAUCUAGUGUUGAAGCGGGAUGAUCCGGGCCUAUUAUGGCUUGCCAAGUCCUCCCUUGAGACAUGUAUUACUUUCUAGUCCUGGAAAUAUUAACAUAUGGAGUUCUACCUGAAGGCUACAAUUGAAGCAAAAGGAGUCUGC